CUAUGUGGUAUAAGUUGUGAGCCCUUCUCAGGUAAGACUCCGUCAUACCGCCUGCCUGACCACAUCAUUCGAUGACUCCCAACGGUAUCUCGCUCGACAUGGCCUCUAUAUUAGGACUCGCGCUCGAGAGCGUACUCUAUGGGAUUUCAUUACUUCUGUUCGCUGGAACCAUCUGGGUUCUCUUCACUAGGGACAGCCCAAAGCGUGUCCUGGCUUGUAAGCUUGUCGUUUCCCUCGCUCUCUUUGCUCUGAGUACCGCUUACUGGAUCGUGGAUGUGAUACGGUGCAUCGAGGGGCUAGUCCUCUAUCGUGACUCCUACCUUGGCGGGCCAAAUGCGUUCUUCGCGGACCGGGCGCAAUGGACGUUUGCGGUCCAGAACCUGCUAUAUUUACUUCAGACUCUUGUCGGAGAUGGCGUCGUGAUAUUCCGGUGUUAUGUUGCGUGGCAAUCAUGGAAGGUUGUCGCGUUACCACUUGUACUCUGGGUUAUCGUCGCUGCAACGGGAGCAGGGACUGUUUAUACCCUCAUUCAUAACAAGGAUGGAGAGAACGAUAUAUUCGCGUCCGAAACGGGACUACUGAUUACACCUUUUCUUGUGUCGAGUCUGGUUGCAAACGUGUUCAGUACAUCGCUACUAGUAUACCGCCUAUGGGUCGUCGGCCGCCGGGCUGAACGCCUGAUGCGGCAGAGCAUAGGAUACCCACAUCGCUCUAUGAUAGCCCCGCUUGCCCGCAUCUUUGCUGACGCCGGACUCCUAUACUCCAUCACACUGCUCGCGGUGCUUCUGACUUUUGUCACGCAAAACCAGGGACUGUAUGUUACCCUCGACCUUAUCAUGCCCAUAAUAUCUAUCACGUUCUACAUGGUCAUUUUGCGGGUCGAAACACGCACAACGAGUGGGAACAUAACGCGUGGGUCUGGUCGCGCGCCGAGGGAUAGCAACACCACUCAGACUCUGGAGCAUCGUCCAGAGGGAGGUGGGAGCUCCGGCAAGUACUCAUCGAUGUCAACAAUGUUGACUGUGUUAUUCCCUGCAAGUUGACGUAGCGGGACUCAAAGGAAG